GGCCCUGCGCCCCGUGCCCGCCCUGCGCAGCCUCUCGGGCGCCCAGCAGCGCACGUGGCGCGCGCCGCGUGGCUCGCGCGGUACCCAUCCAAGCGAGUUCUGGUGCAACAAGGACAGAUGCCACAAAUAUUCUACAUUUGCCUCUCUGGAUCAGCCAUCGUCACCGUGCGUGACUCGGAGACUGGUGUCGUGAGACCCGUCUGGUUCCUGAGCCAAGGAGACAAGUUCGGGGAAAAGGAAAUCGUGGGUGGCUUAAAUUGGCAGUGCACGGUGAUCAUCGAGGAGAGUGCUGAGUUUCUGUGCCUCUUCAAGGAGGACUUCGAGAAGAUCUUCCUGUCGGGCUCCAGCCGCACUGUGAGCGAUCCAGAUCAGCACGCCUUCCUCAGCUCCCUCGGAUUUCUCAAGGGCUGGCCGAUCCACCUCUUGCAAGAGAAACCUGGGAGAUGCCUCGUCAGCCACCACAAGAGAGGCACCGUGAUUACAAAAGACAGCAGCAAGGAAGACUGGAUCUACAUUAUAAGAUCGGGUAGCUGCUCUGUGCUGAAGGAAUGCCGGUUAGGAGGAGACGAGGGAGGCAUGGAGCUCGUGACCGACUCCUCUCGGCGAGCCCGAGGUGCCGAAGAAGGCUGCAAGCGGCAGACUCUCCUCACGUCCAAACACUGCCGCGGGCUCCGUUCAGACGCCAGCGACGCGCCCAUCAACAGCCAAAGUCAGAACCGCGAGCACAGUGGCAGGGAAAGCUUCCAGCAGGACGCAUCGUCCGGCGAAAGCCUCUGCGGCUAUCGAGCAACGUCCGAAAGCCCCGGCGGACUCCAUCCCGCGCGUGGAACGGCGGCGGCCAAGGAGGUUGAUGGGCGAGGAGGGAUGAGGAAGAUGCCCUCCCCUAUGCAGUGCGCCUACCUCCUUCCAGCCAUCGCCUCCAAGGACCGCUUGCCGACACUGGACAGAGGUCGCAAAGCCCACGAAGAAAAACGCACGAGGACGGUUUUUAUCCGAGUGGACACCCUCAACGAAGGACGCGAAUUCGGCUUGGUGGACGCGCUGCUGGGAACGCAGAGCGGCUUCGCGCUCGUCAGCGACGGUGCCGAGUGUCUGCUCAUCCCACGGCAGCUCUUCCUGCGGCACGCACCCCCGGCCCUGCUGGAGAGGCUCAGGCGCGAGGUCUCCCCGUACCCCAGCCAAGAGCAGCUGAGCAGCGCGCUGCAGGCCGAACUGCGCUGGCUUCACUUCCGUCGGCGCGUGCUGAAGAGCGCCGCGGCCUUCGCUCGCGACGGCUGCCGCGCUCUCACGACCGCUCGACCCUCCGCGUGCGUUCGGCGACGGCGAGAAAUGGGCAGGCCGAUGCCAGCACCGCCGCCACCGCCGCCCCUUAGCAGGCCGGCGAUGCACAGGGGACAGCUGCCACCGUGGGUCCCCCUGGCUUAGACUGCAGCGGGGCAUGGCAGUGGUUGACGGGAGAUGUGAUGUACGGCACUUAAUAGCUGGGUAGGGGAGGGUGUGUAUAUAAAGUUUAACAC